UUCUAUCAUAUCAGCAGCCCCGAAGGCAAUUUUGAAUUGUUAAACAUUGAGUGAUAUUUUUUUUUAAUGUUAAUUGAUUACUGAAAACAUGUUAACACAUCUUUAUUCAUUGGUCUAUACAUUUCGAGAUAUCUCUGCGAAAAUCAUUAUAUGAAAUAAUUACCAGACACACUUUUAUUGAUAAUUGUGUCUCAAUUUUCUAAAAAAAACGUGUUACUGUAUUAUGUACGAUACAUAUUCGAUGCGGAAAAAUAAAUUUUCAUUCAUUGUUUUUAUUUUGAAAUCGUGUUUUUUUUUCAUCUAAAAAUCCAUUGUAAUUUUCGCCUCACAAUGACAGCACACAACUCAAUGCCGUCUCAGCGAAUUAGUUGAUCGCUCAUGACAUGAGCUUCUAGAACAACAGUUAAAAUGGACAUCCAAAGAGCAUUGAAUACUCCAUACCUCCGAGUAAAGCUUAUAGCUCUCAUCCACUUCACUCUUGUAGCUUUCGCUCUACAAAGCUACUGGUUACCAUCGGCCUAUUCGUUUUACAAUCUUAUAUAUAUUCUGUCGCUGUUUUGGGCAAUUCAAUGUAGAGAAUCGGUUGACGCAAUCCAUAUAGCAUCCCUUAUCAAUGCGUCUAGUUUCAUAUUCGAUUUGAUUGGUAUAAUUGCUCAUUUUCCCAAUAAUGGAGGAAUAUUUUCUGUUGUAUUUGCCAUAUUUAACUUAGCGCUCCGACCAUUUACAUUGUUGGUACUCCAUCGUGAACUAAUCGACCGUGGAGGAUCCUUUGCAAUCUCGGGAGGAUCAAAUGAUAUUCCUGCAAACUACGAAGACAUCGACCGCACACAUCAAACUUUCUCGCCAAAUGUUUGAAGUUGUUCAAAAAAGUAAAAAAUAAGCCUGUGUCGGAAAAGCUUGAGAUUUGAAGGAACGAUGAAGAUAUUCAAGGGGAAAUUUAGUUCCAGAGCCUACAAAGUAAUAGUGGCUAAUAUUUUUGAGUUGUCACGGUAAAAGUAAAGAUACUUUAAACGAAAAUUGAAUCUAAGGAAAGUUAUCAACUUAUGAUCUGAAGGGUAGAAUGUAACAUAGAAAUAUUUCAGCUUAUUCUGGCGUUUCUGUUGAAAAAGGAACGAUGAUUGAAUUUAUAGAUAUGUACCGAGCAUAUAUUUUGUUGUGUUUUAUAUAAAAAAAAAACUAUAAGAAAAAAAAUGGUUUUCAUUUCUAUAUAUUACUUCAAAUAGUCAAUUAUAUAAAACCAACUAUUACAAUAAACGCAAUAUUGCGCCUACAUUUUUAA